UUUAAUCAACCGUUGUGACUUCAUACCUUCACACUCACAUUUUUGAUAAAAUAAAGCGAAUUAUUUGUUCAUUCCCAAUCAGUGGAUUUUUCAACUUUAUAGAUUAACUACACAAGCUUUUCUGCCUCAUCAUUGAAAUGGUCACACUAACAUCUGUAUAAGAAAAAGUGAUAUCGUGGAUUCAAAUUUAGUUCUACCCGAGAUGCCGGACACAAUAGUCGCACGCACUGCUUUGGGCCUUAUUCGUGGCGUUAAGUCAGAGGGCAUUUUGGGAGCAAAGUACCUCAGCUUCUUCCGGAUUCCCUACGCUAAACCCCCACUCGGCGAUCUGAGGUUCAGGGAUCCUCAGCCUCCGGAAUCAUGGGAGGAAACUCUGGAUUGCACAGUUGAAAGCCAAGGAUGCGCUCAGAACAUGUUGUUCAUGAAUGGCUUUAUAGGUGAUGAAGAUUGUCUCCAUGUUAAUGUCUAUACGAAAAAUCUAAACCCAAAGCGACUCCUUCCUGUCAUGUUGUACAUCCACGGAGGUGGCUUUGUCUGUGGCGCCGGCACCACAAUGAUGUAUGGACCGGACUUUAUCAUUGAGCGAGAUGUGGUUCUGGUCACGUUCCACUAUCGCGUGGGCGCUCUGGGAUUCCUGAGUCUCCAGGAUCCCACGCUCAACAUUCCCGGGAAUGCUGGGCUGAAGGAUCAAGUGAUGGCGUUGAAGUGGGUGCGAGACAACAUCUCUUUCUUCGGCGGCGAUCCCAACAACGUGACUCUCUUCGGCGAGAGCGCGGGCGGAGCUUCUGUGCACUUCAUGCUCCUCACUGACCAGGCCAGGGGACUCUUCCACCGCGCCAUCGUCAUGUCAGGCACGGCGUACGAUCCCUGGGCUUUUGCUCCAGACCUGAAUUGGGCCGGGAAGCUGGCCAAAUCAGUCGGAUGGACUGGCGAAGGCGGUGAAGCUGGAAUGCUGGAGAGUCUGAUGAAAGUGAGCCAGGAAGUGUUGGCAGAAAAGCAAGGGGAGCUGAUGAGCUCCGAAAAUCGAAAGAAAGGGGUGUACUUCCACUUCGGCCCUGCAAUAGAGCCUCAAUGGAGUGUGAAUAGUGUGAUCACUAGUCAUCCACGUAACAUGGCCAGAACGGCCUGGGGAAACUCCAUCCCGAUUAUGAUCGGCGGAUGCGUCGGAGAAGGUUUGAUGUCUUAUAAAGACAUUUCCACAGAUGAUGACUUCCUCGGAGAUCUAACGAACUUUGUGCCCUUUGAAUUGGGGUUGCAUCCUGAGAGUGGACGUAGUCAGUACAUUGCCAAAACUCUGAGAGAUUUCUACUUCAAUGGCAACCGCCCAUCCGCGAAAGAUGGAUAUAAUAACCAUGUGGAGUUUAUAGGAGAUAAAUUCUUCUGGCAUGGACUUUCUCGUCUAGUUCGCUCCAGAUGUGAAGCCGCGCCUUUGGUCCCAACAUUCUUUUACCGGUUUGCCUUGGACACAGAAGAAUUUAACUUGAUCCGCACUAUGAUUUGUGGCGCUGAUAUUCGCGGAGUGUGUCACGGUGAUGAAUUGGGAUACCUCUUCAGAGCUAUGCUGAUGGCCAAAUUACCUGAAGUCGGGAGUAUUGAGCGCAAGACUAUCGAUCGGAUGGUCAGCAUGUGGACUUCAUUCGCGAUCAGCGGAAAUCCCAAUUGCGAAGCAAUUGCGCCGGUCAAGUGGUUUCCCGUGUCUCCGAACGGACCGCCUUAUCGCUGCCUCAACAUCGCCGAAGAAGUGACUUUCCCUCUGCUGCCCGAGACGGAAAGAUUGGCAGUUUGGGAUUCUCUCUACGAACGUGAUCAGUUGAUUUGAUGCGACGACGUUUCGCCAAUUAGUGCCUUGUAUGAGACAGUUUCAAUAAAUUUGAGGUUUCAUCUGGACCGCAUGAAA